CCCACACAAGUGAUUUGGGAAACUUUUCUCGUUGUAUCAUUCCUCCAGCACACUUUACACAGCUAACUCACCCAGGCAGGAUCUGGUUGUUCUCCCCCAGCCCUGGUGGGACAUAGAAGCAGCAGCUUGUGGACCUGAAGAGCCAGGCAGCAGAGGACUUCUGGGGAGCAGAUGCCUUUUUCUAAACCUUCUAAACCCCAAGGAGAAUGAGUGUGGGUUUUGCUGAAUUCAAGAACAUUUUGGGGGUAUUGGACUCUGUGCUAUAAGAACUACCCUGGUGUGCCUGUUCUGGGGGGGUGGAUUUAUUGGGCUUCUUCUAAACUCGCAGAGAGGGUCAGCGAACAUGCAGCACCCCUUGGAAAUAGGGGCUCAUUAUUUACCCCAUGACGCGUUUGCAGAUCACAGGUCCCAUCGCUACAGAAGUUUUAUGAUCGAAGAGAUACUGACUGAUCACCAGGAUUCCAAGAUUUCAGCGCCUUCUGGGGAGCUUCUGAAAUUUGGGGUGCAAGCAUUACUCUCGGCCAGACCUUAUCACAACCACCUAGGUAUGUGUCACUAUCCUAGGUACCAAAACGCUAUGCAUUCUCCUGUAACCUAUUCACAGCCAGAGCCCUGUUAAAAUGUCACAGUUCUUUCCAGGAUGAGUCACCCAGUGCUUGUAAAAGGAACACAGAGACUCUCCCAAAAUCCUGCAUUCAAAUUCUGUGCUAAUAUAUGUGUGCAAAACCUAAAAAAAAAAUAUCAAUCCUAUUUUAUCUCUAACAACCAUCAUAAGCUAAUACAAAAAAAGUCUCAAUUCGAUAAAGAUAUAAAUAUAUACUAUGCAACUGUCUACUUUGAUUUAGAAAACAUACACAUCUUUCAUUUUAGUACAAUUAUGCAUGUGCAUCCUGUUUUCAAUGUGUAUACUAAAAUAUAUAAAAUACUCCAAGAAACAGAGUAUGGUUGUAUGUUGGAAAAUAUAUUAUAGUAACUUUUUCAAGGAACAUUUAACACAUUGACAACAUUUCUGGAGGUUUAAUAUACAUCCUACAUUUAUUGCAUUCAUAAAAUGUAUAAGAACGUCUAUGGAAAGAAUAUUGUGUGUAAAGAAAAAUAAAAAAUAUGUAACGUUUUAUACAAGUAGGUACAUACACAAACUCCUGAUAAUUUAUAAUAGUUAUUAUACCUCUACAUUCUGCAUUCUGUUAUUACACCUCUACGUUCUGCAUUGUUAUUACACCUCUACGUUCUGCAUUCUGUGUAUAUUCUAAUAUAGAUCUAUGUCUAGGAAGAGAACAUUGAUGUGAGUUGUAAAACAUAAUCAGUUAUAAUUAAUAAUUACACAGUAUCAAGCUUAUUCACUAAAGUGAGAAUUUAAAGUGAAUUUCAAAUUUAAGGCCACAAUAGUCAGCUAUGCUUUCAUUUCAGCUGCCCUGGCCUUGAAUUCGAAAUUCACUUCGAAUUCUCUGUUUUGUGAAUAACUGUGUGAUACUGGAGCACAUAUAAAAAUAGUUAACUGGAUUAAUAAGUCAUUUACAAAAUAUACAGGCAGUAGUUGCAAUUAUGCAAGCACACCAGUUAACACUAGGCACAGAUUCGAAAAAGUAUAAAGUAUCGAAACUAAAAAUCGACAGAACUAGAAAUCUAAUUUGUAUAUAUAUUACGUUUUAUUUUUUUAUUUUCAUUUUUUUUGUCAAUUAGUGUAUUUUGCAAGUGUAGUCCAUAUAAUCUAGAUACAAUAAUUUCACUUUUUUUAUGAUAAUCCCAAUCUGUACAUAUUUAAAUACAUUUUUAUUGUGAGUGUUUUCUUUGUUGCACACAUAUUAUAUAUACAUCGACACACAAAUAUGAUAUACAAUAUUUGAUGCUGAACUGUUCCACGUUGUCCUAUGACGAAUCCCUCGGCCCAUUUGAUCUGUUUUUUUUGUAGACUUGCAAGGCCUGUUAAGCAAUCACUGAAUGAUUGAUAUAUAUUAUAAAUUGUAAUUACAUGCAAUUAUAUAAGCAUGCAAUGUAAUUAUGUGUUUAUUACAAUUGUUAUUAAUUAUUAUAUUAUGAUCUGUAUGGUGUUGCAAUAGGAUUAUAUCUAGAUGUAUUUAAACCAACAGAUUCAAAAGUAACGUUUCCACUUUUACUAGAAAAAUAUCCAUCUGUGACUAGAUUUUAAUUAGGAAUAUUUGCAGAUUAAUGGACAGGUAGAUCAAAUAAUGGAUUUAAGUAAAUUUAAUGAGUCCUUUCAAUAAAUAACUGGACAAAAAUAGAGUUUGAAAAAAUAUUAAGUCUAUCCCUGAAUAUUCUUUUUUUUUUUUUUUUUUAUAAUUCUUAUACAUAGUUAUCGUAAUUAAUAAUACUAUACUAAUGAUUAUUUAUCACAUGUAUGAUUUGAAUUACCCUUUUCUAUAUUUAUCUCACUAUCUGCUUAAAAAAAAAAUUAUAUAUAUAUCUUUAAAUACAUAGUAAGCAAAACAAUGAUUUAAUAAUGUUAACACGUUGGAUGCUGAUGAGUCGUUAAACCGAUGUAUUCAAGUCCCAACUGGUCCCUGAAGUUAGUUCAUCCAUUGAACUGAUUUUUAAUGAGCUAAUUAAUAAAAUUAGUUUCAUUCAUCAAAAUUUAACAGACACAAUAUCAUAGCCCAUCAAAGUGAUUUAGGAUAAAUAAAAUGAAAAUUAGUGCGCAUGACCAAUUAUUAUGUUACGUAAAAUAAUUUUAAUAAAGAUUUCAAUUUAAAAAGUUAGCUCACAUACACGUUAAGGCAGACUUGUGCAAACAUAGGCAAUGUAACUAGCACACACAAGUAAGUUUGACAGACACACACAAAGUACAGAGAUUGCUCACCCUAAUAUAUUCACAUAUAUAUAUAGUUUAAUACACCCCCCACACACAUAUUAUAUAUGUAAUGUCUCACAUAAUCCUAGUUUUAAAACAGAAAUCCACAUUGCAGAAUUAUAUCACAGAUUAGAAAUAUAAACAGCUUUAGAAGGGAUGUAAAAUUAUACAUAGGAUAUGUGAGGUAUGCAAUUCCCACACUGUAUUUUAUAGUAAUAUGUAUUUAAUGGACAAGAACAAAUUAUAUCUGAUUAAUUAUUUUUAUUCUAAACUGAUAGCUGCAUUAUAACUGCAGUCUUAAUAAAGCUUUAGAUAUAGUUGGGGUACCACUAAUUAAUAUUAUUCUACUUUAUACUAUAAAUUACACAGAAACUUUUAUUUCAGUCACACCCAGACACCCAGAGUGAUAAUUCUCUGUAACCCUAUCUGAGCUAUAACUCCUUGUCCAAUAAUGAAUACUGCUAGCCUUGUUGUUGAACAUUAAAUGCAGAACAUCCAGGAUUGGAAAACAGGAAAAUGAAACUACACCACACUGCCCAGUAAUAAUUCCCAUAAUGCAUUUGGAAUGUUUUGGAUAUUUAACUAUCUGGAUGCCAGCACUAUAUCUCCCUAGUAUACUGCCAAAUUCAUUAGCUUUUUUUAACUCUAUGUUUGCCAUUAGCUCUUCAAGAAAUCACAGUUCUAAUCUUUCAAAUAUCUGUGUUUGAGUGAUUAUAUUUCACAUAUUUCUAUGUGUAAGUUUUGAGUAUAGCAAAUUAUCUAUCUAUCUAUCUAUCUAUCUUUAUAGCUGUCUGUCUGUCUGCUUGUCUGUCUGUGUUUCUGUCUCACAGCAGCAUACUCUGUAAGAUACACAAAAUGUAGGUUAUAUCUACACUGAAAUAUUCACACUGCAAGAUAUGCAUUCUGUAAACUAAAUAUAGUGUAAAAUGCAUAUACUUCAGCCAUCCAAACUAAAUUUACUGUAAAGUAUGCAGUCUGUAAUCUAUACACAGUUAAAAAUAACACACAGCUAUACUAGAUACAUUGUAAAACACACACAAUGUAGGCCACACAUACUGUAUGAUACACUAGAGUGUAGGAUUUAUACACACAUACACAUAAUGUGUAGUUUAUACAAAGUUGGAGUUACACAAUGCAGUCUAUUCAAAAUUUAGGCCAAAAUUGAAGAGUUGGAAAAAUAUGCCAUACAGCUGAAUUGGAGAUUUUUUACUACUAGACUUUUUUAGCCUAAGAUUUGUAAGUCUGUUCUCAAAUUGCCACCAAAAGAUAUGUAAGAAAUCCUUUAAGGCUGGCUUUAUACACAAUAAGAUGUGCGUUGCGGUGUAUAUACAAAGGGAUAUGUGUACACUGCUGAGAAAAUGUACUCCAAGAUACUCAUUAACUAUUAUGAUAGCAAUAGUACUUUUAACCACAGGGUUUUGACCAAAAUUUGGGUUUCCAUGCUAUUUGUAUGGAUCCUAGUUGUUGGAACAGCAAAAUAAUUUUAUCAUCCCCAUGCUACUGCUAUAAUAAGGUCUUUACUAAGCGUCUUUGCAGUCCCUAGUGCAAUGGAGACCUCCCCGGACAGUGGUGUUUUGGGGAUUUAAAAAAAAAUUAUAUUUAAUUUGAAGAAUGGGUCACUGAGUUAACCGCUCAAGUGGAGAAUUAAGAAAUGUUUAAGAAACACUAGUAAGUCAUAUUACACUAUUAAAAAUAUAUAUAUAUAUUUUCCUAUUUGCGCCUCAGAUAAUUCAACCUUCUCCAACCUUUUUUUUCUUUGAAAUACAUUUUUAUUAAUAACAUUUUUAUAUAAUAAACACGACAAAACACUCAAUAAUCAAAAACAAGAGCAUUUUUUUUUUAGUGUUCUGUUUUUAUUUGUCUUGGUUUACCAAUUUGACACUUCCAAUGUAGAAAAAAUGGUUGCAAAGAGCGUCUUACUUUCUGAGAAAGAUAUUUUUGCCGCUGUCAAAGUGUUGUGUGUCUUGUGACAGGUAAUUCUUUUUUCACAGUCUUCUUUUUUGUUGAGGGUUUAAAAAAAAUAUUCAGAUUGCUAAUACGGCCUUUAUUGCCCUAGUAAUAUUACUCAUUUGUCUUAUUUUAUUAAUUCAAUAAACAAGAUAAUAUUGUGAAAUGUAAGGCUGUAGCAGAAACAGUAAUCUUCUUCUUGUCUCUUUGCAGCUUUAUUAAAGGCAGAACAAGCUUCAGUUUUCAAGUUCCCUUUGAACCCCCUCUCAUGUCCUGGACUGGGAUCCCCAAUCAGCUCUGCCCUGCUGGCUGCAGGCUCUGGCCUCCAGGGAGGUCCAGGAUCCCCACAUCACUUGCCUCUAGAAUUGCACCUCAGGGGAAAACUGGAGGCUGGCCUCUCAGAUCAGGGUAGUAAGGCCAAGAAGGGAAGAAGGAGCAGGACUGUGUUUACUGAACUACAACUCAUGGGUCUGGAAAAAAGAUUUGAGAAACAGAAAUACCUCUCCACACCUGACAGGUAAAUCACUGGCUCCUCUCAGGUACAUCACCUCACCUGAGUGGUAAUUGACAAACACAUCUCCACACAGCACAGGUGAAUCAGACAACUUUAGAUACAUUGAUAGGUAGAUAACAGACAACUUUGGAUACAUUGAUAGGUAGAUAACAGACAACUUUGGAUACAUUGUAGUAAAACAACCUCCCCCCCCACACACAACUGGUAGGUAGAUCACAGACACUUGUCCACCACCAACUCUUCAGUUAGCAUACACACGUACAUCACAGUUGCCUCUCCACUCCUACAGGCAAAUUAUAUGUACCUCUCUACUCAUUCUGCCAAAUCACAGACACCUUUCUAGUCAGCAUGAACACAGCUCAAUCACAGGUACCUCUCCAAUCCUACAGGUAAAUACAAGGUAUCAUCUAAUCCUAUUGAUAAAUCACCAACAGCUCUCAAAAUCCAACAUACAUAUCAAAAACCUCUCAUUGUCUUCAAGGUAACUCCUAGACAUGACAGUACACUCAUAGAGACCUCUAAACGCAUGACAGGUAAAUUAACCGGUCAGCUAUUAAUACAUUAGAGGAAACUCAGACACCUCUCCUACCACUCAUGUAAAUCACAGACAGCUCUCUUAACCAGACAGAUAAAUCAGACACUCUUCGGAGUCUGCAAUGUAAAUCACUGACACAUAUUUAGGCCUGAAACUUAAGUCAAACACUGCAUCACACCAUAAAGGCAUACAGGUAAAUCAGACACCUUUGGAAGGUGAAUUCAUAAAGGCCUUUGCACAAUAUACAGCCAGCACCACUCCUGACAGUAAAAUCUCAGACACUACCCCACACAUAUUGCUCUUUGCCUAUGAUACAAUAAUCACAGACAGCUCUCCAUGCUACAAAACUAAUUUACAAACAUUUUCACACAGCACAGGUAAAUGACACCUAUCUCUCCACUCCAAACAUGUAAAUAACAUUCACUAUUCCAUAUCUGAGGAUUAAUAAAGAAAUCUCACAUCUAGGUAGGUAAAUCAGAGACUCAUCUCUUUUCUUUGUAGGUGAAUUCAUAGACAUAUGUCUCUACUUUUUAUGUUUGAAUUCCUUUCCAGGAAACUGAUAAUAGUUUUUGUGUUUUCCAAUUGCACACAUAUUUCAGUGAUCUUCCUAUUCCAAACGUAGUGCUAGGUUCUUUCUAUUUUAUAGGUAUCAAAUUAUUUGUUCUCUAUAUAAAGGCAUUUUUGUUGUUUUGUGUAUAACACCACUGUAAAUAUAAUUUUAGUCGCAAUGUGUUUUUGUUAGUUAAUAAUGGCAUAGGGUAGUUUGAGUGAUUGAAGAAAGAUUUCAAAAAAGGCACCUGGCUUUCAUAAGCAGCACAUUUUGUUUAAUACUGUAAUUUCGAUAACAGGGUUAGCCAACAUUCCAUAUUGUCACAUAAAAAGAAAAAGAAAAGACUAAAGAGUUCCUUGAUCAUUGGUAAAUUAGGACACAAUGGAUAUCUCUGAAAUGUAUGCUAAGAAUUUCCCGGCUUAGUACACAUACUGAAUACUGUAGUGUUUUUAUAAAAGAAUGAAAUGUGUUGGAUCUGUCCAAUUUUGAGCAUAGUAAAAAUGAUCAAAAUCUGAUCCUAUGAUUUUUGUUUUUGUUUUAAAAGUUAUAGUGUGGUCAAUAUAUGGACUAUUUAAAGCCAUGGCCUACAUGUCUUGUUUGCAAAAUCAGAAAGCUAAUUCACUGCCCUUUCACUUUAACUAGAUUGAUAGCUGGGGUCAGUCAACAAUCACAUUGUAUACAGCAUUAUGUUAAAAAAGGAGGGCAGUUUAAUAUCUUCACAACCAAAAUCAUAUACACGUUUACGUAUUGUUAUGUAAUGCAAAGCCCAACUAUCCUUCCGCUUUUGGUCCAGAAUGGUGUUUUGAGGAUUAAGUAAAAACAUUUGACUGUCAGGGAUACACUCUCAGCAUUGGUAUUGAGAAUGCUAACCCCUACUUUUCUUAUCCCAUACACUAGGCAAGUUCACAGAAGUUAACUUUACUUAUUCGUUCAUAAAAUCAUGGAGAUAUUAAUGGGAUGGUAAUACAUGUAGAACAUUAUUAUAUGUAAGGUGCAGUAGCAGUUUGCAAAUCCCUGUAUAGUUCAAUAUUUGUACAGCCAUUAUUCUCACGCACGCACGCACGCACGCACGCACGCAUGCCCGCACACAUAUAUAUUGCAUUAUUUUAUAUUCUGUUUGCACAGUUCUAAGGUACCAUAGCUAAAUACCAUUGGGUUCUUUACUAAUAGCCACAUGCACAGUAUGUAACUAUUUAUAGUUGUUUGUUAAAUCUACUGUUUUGUUAUUUCUGGAAAAAUGCAAAGACCCCACUAGGGACAAUUCGGCUUUGCUGUAUAGCGCUACCGGUAUAUACACACUCUUGCAUUUAUCUCACAUUUAUUUGCUAGCUAUGAAUCCCAUGUUUCAAUUCUAUAUUAAUAUGUGUAAACAAAACUUGUACUGUAGUUAGAGGGACACUAUAAGCACCAGAACCACUAUGGUAUUUCAGGGUAAUACAAACUCACCCUGCAACAUCCACAGUGUAAACACUGCCUUUUCUUGAGAAACCACCUCUUGUGGCUGUCACUCUUACAGCAACUAGAGGGGCUUCCUGGGAUCAGUCCUUCAAAGAUUGACACUCUGCAAGGAGACCCUGAAAACGCCCCAUAAAAUGAAUUGACUUCCUUUGCUUCCCCUAUAGAGAACUGAUGAUCUCAGCUUUGGAGAUGGGGUGGCAGCACAAAGAUGUGCAGGUUGGGAGGGGAAAGGAAAAUGUGUUUCUUAGUUUUGGGUGGGGAAGGGGGGAAUCAAUAAUUAAACCAGGUAUGAUAGCACUAUAGCAUUAACGGUAUGUUUCUAUUUCUAAUGCUGUAGUGUUACUUUAAGUUAAUUUACAUUCUAACUGUGCCUCUUCUGUCCCCAGAAAGAAUGGCCACAGGAGUUAAAUUGUGCAUGCUUUCUUAUAAUAACUUGGAUUCUGUACAUGUAAAUGUAUACAGAAUUUGAUAAGGAAUUAUGUUAUGCCAGAAUCGGGAACAGAACUCAUCUCUUUAAAUGGAUAUUCAAUAUCUGCAAGCAACUAUACAUGCUAAAAAUAUUUUCACAUUACUGUAAAUUGAUUUACAGCAAAACAAACAACAAAUUUGAUGUUCUGAUCUUUGGGUGGGUGAAAUUACAGAGUAAAAUUUACCAAUUUUUCCAAUUCUGCUUUCAGGAUAGACCUGGCGGAGUCACUCGGCCUCAGUCAGCUUCAAGUGAAAACCUGGUACCAGAACCGGAGGAUGAAAUGGAAGAAAAUAGUGAGUAAUAAUCUGUUGUCUGGCUAUAGCAAAACAAACAAAAAAACAGUAAUAGCCAUAUUAUAAUGCAACCAAGAAAGUGUUGUGUUUAGCUAAUGGGAAGCAAGAAAGACAUAUACCCUUUUUCUUACUGGUUACUUAAACAGAGGCAGAUUAAGAACUAGGGAGGCCUAGGGUGGCUAUAAAAGGGUAUACUCUCCAACCUAUUCAUAAACAUUUAAACAUUGAGUUUGCCAGUGGAAGCACAAAUAAAUCCAUCAAGUUUUUUGUUUUUUUUCAAACAUGUCAGUACUUGCUGGAUAUUAAUAUCACUGUUAAACUCAAUCAUAAAUGCCAGUGUGGGACUAAAUAGCUUGUGCAACUAAUUGUUUCAGUCCAAUAUAACUCCAGAGGAUAAUCUCUCCAUGAAAUGACUUGAAAUUAGUCCCAUGGCCACCAAAUGUCCUUUAUUCACGUAAAUGGCCUUCUAGACCAACUAACACAUAGUGGAUCUCAUACUCAAGUUAGAUCGGUACACAUGUUAUAUCUGACAUGCACAUGUUUAAUCCGGAAUAUGUGAUGGACCCGGUACAACUGCUUUUCUCUGCUUAUAAAUUGUCAUCCUUAUCAUUACGUAUCACCCUAUGCUGAUAGCUCAAGUAUUUUAACACCGGCCAACAGAGUCUACAAGUUAUUCCACCACACCAUCCAAAGCUGACCCACCACACCAGAAGCUUCUAAUUCUGAUCCAUUUGGCCUGGUAGACAUGGGCAUCUACAGCAUUUGGAAAGGAUCUACUAGUGACGGUUCCUAAUCACAUUAUUGCUUUUGCUCCCUCCUAGAAAAUUUUCUGCACACACCACUGGUUGUACAGUACAUCUUUUUACCAUCAUUAAAAAAAAGUGAAGCACUCUGUAAUUUAUAUAUUAUAACAUAGUAUACGUUUGGUGAAUCUUUGCUUAAUUUGUUUCAUUUCAGUUUCCAAAUUUCUCCCCUAUCAAUUACCAAACAGUGACUAUGUAUUUUUUAAUUUAAUAAAUUAAUGUUACAUGUAAAUUAGUUUACAUGCCACUACAACUUACUGCAGUCUACAUGGCUGUGCUAUUACUAAUACAAAUUCUAAUAUAUAUGCAGAACAUUUAUUAAAAAGAAAGAUUAUCAGAUAUUUUAUAGUAGACCAGGAUGUUCAUGAUACGAAGGAACCAAAUUUAAUAAAAAUGCAUAUGUGCUAAUCAGUGUAAUAAUAUUAUUAACAUAAAGAAAUGAAACACAUUUUGUCAGAACCAUACACAAACAUAAUUGAAUAUCAAUGACAAACAUAUAUAAUUACAAACAGCUACACAAACAUUUAAUCACAAGCAUAAAUAUAGAAAUUAUUACAAUUCUACCUAUACCUAUGCACACAAUUUCAGAUAUACACACUUAAUCACACACAACAAGAAACUUACACAUGAGGGGACUUAAUCAUUACACAAAUAAUUGUAAUAAAUUUAGAAAUGAAACAAAUUGUAAAAUUUAGACUAAAAUAGCCAAACUAGGACUGUGAGUUGGGGACUUUUUCCAAAUCAGCCAUUGUGUUAAUUUUAUGACUCUCUGGGUAAUUCCGAACCCAGAAUAAAUCCUCAGGAUUUAAGUUACUUUACCAAUAAUUUCAAGUGUUAGCCAAAAACAGUCACACUAAAAACAUAACUGAGAGAUUGUUUUUUCACCUUUACCUAUUUAGAGCUAACAUUUGAAAUUCUCCUAAUUUCUGACAAUUCACACUUUAGUGAAUAACUUUGUCAGUUCUAAAUUCACUGCACUGUGUUUUAAGAUUAUAAGUAUCACAGUUAUAAACAUAGAUAUAUAUGUAAUCACACAUAAACAUGCACGCACACACAAGCAAACACAAACAAUAUCUGGAACACAUCUGUGUGCAAUUUUACCUUGAUGACUUUUUCAACUCAAUUUACUUUUCAUUUAGGUUUUACAAGGUGGGGGCCUUGAAUCUCCAACAAAACCAAAAGGCCGCCCCAAAAAGAAUUCUAUCCCCACCAGUGAACAACUAACUGAGCAAGAACGGGCAAAGGAGGCAGACAAACAGACAGACAAUGUUCACUCACCUUCAGAGGUGACCCAAGAGGAAUGAAAAUACCUCCCAAAACACAUAGAGAACACAAUAGAGAAACUUGGCUGUGGACACAGAGACUUAUCCUUGAUAUUGUGCUACUUCAUCAAAAUUGUACAGGGACUUCUCCUUGUAUAUAAUGACUUACCUACAGCAGAUGCACAGAGCUAUGGAUUUACAUGCAUAAAGAGACUUAUCCUUGUGCAUAUAGCCUUGGACGAAGUAUCUGCGCAGAGCGAUUUAUCCAUAUCCACCAUGGCUACAGAGCGAUUUAUCAAACUGCGCAGAGACAGUGAUUCUGGACAGUCUGGGUUACCAGAUCUGCACCCCUGGGGUAUAAAGACCAGUCCUGACCUGUUAGACUUGGUUUCGUUUAAUCAUUCUGAUUUCCAGAAUGUGGAUUUUUAAUAUAUGGAAAAAUAAAUAAAUAAAAAUUCUACAGCUGUAAUGUCCCCCAGGAGAGGCAGUGACAGUACCAGGGUUAGUAGAAUAUUUACUAAUAUUUUUGUGGAUUAUUUUAUAUUUAACUUUUUGUGUGUGUGUGUUUGUUUUUGUCCUCUGUAAAUAUGACGCUACACAAACAUUUCGCAUUUUUUUUUCUGUACGCGUUUUAAAAUGUUACAUUUUUGUAUUUUAUCUAAAAACGUUAUUAAA